AUGGAGCUUCUCAAAAGCGCCUUGGAUCUGUUGCCCCGGAAGUUCCGGCGUUUCUCUAGCCCAGGUUCAGAGCAGGCAGUUCUCAGCACCAAGAAAGCUACGGCUGCCACACUUCUUUGUGCCGCAUGCUCACUGCAAACGGGCUCUGGAGUAUCAGAGCUUCCGUAUUAUGGCCGGAGUCCUCCGGUUUACCCGUCUCCAACCGGCAAUGGCUCCACAAAUGGCCGGUGGUCUCUCGCUUACGGCCAUGCACGGGAUAUAGUGUCGCGCAUGACAGUCGAGGAGAAAGUAAACAUCACCCGGGGCUGGCCCGGCCCCUGCGUAGGCAACACGGGCGAGGUGCCGCGGUUGGGCAUCCCCUCUCUCUGCUUCGCCGAUGGGCCCUCGGGCAUCCGCGGACAAGAGUUCGUGUCGGCCUUCCCUGCCGGCAUUCAUCUGGCAGCCACCUUCGACAGAGAUCUCAUGUACCGCUACGGCCAGGCACUUGGAAACGAGUACCACGGAAAGGGCAUCCAUGUCGCCCUGGGUCCCGUCGCUGGUCCGCUCGGCCGCGUCGCCAAGGGCGGCCGGAACUGGGAGGGUCUAAGUAACGACCCCUAUUUGGCUGGCGCCGGCAUGGGUGCCAUCACCCGAGGUAUCCAGGAGGCCGGCGUCAUUGCCACGCCCAAACACUGGUUGCUGAAUGAGCAGGAGUUCCGCCGCAGGUGGGGCCCCAUGGGCGAUGCCAUCAGUGCCAACGUCGACGAUCGGACUCUGCACGAAUUAUACGUCUUCCCCUUUAUGGACGCGUUGCGUGAGGGGGCCGGCGCUGUCAUGUGCAGCUACCAGCGGGCCAACCACUCGUACGCGUGUCAGAACUCGAAGCUGCUGAACGGGAUACUCAAAACGGAGCUCGGCUUUGAGGGCUUUGUUGUUAGUGACUGGGAUGGCCAGAUGUCUGGCGUAGCCUCGGCCAAUGCCGGCCUGGACCUUGUCAUGCCCGGGGCCGGUUUCUGGGGUGAUCAUCUGGUGGAAGCUGUGAACAAUGGGUCUGUGACUGAGGAGCGUAUCAGCGACAUGGUCACGCGCAUCCUGGCGCCGUGGUACUAUCUCGGCCAAGAGAAUGCCUACCCGCCGCCGGCCAUCUAUGACAACCUACAAAAGCACUUCCCUGUUGAUGUCCGUGGAGACCACGCUAACCUGAUCGAAGAGAUUGGUGCGGCUGGCACAGUCCUCGUGAAGAACGUCAACAACACCCUGCCGUUCAAGAAACCCAAGUUCCUCUGCAUCUACGGCUACGACGCCACCGUCAAAGCCGGCCCCUGGCAAAACCGCGACCGGUACAGCGGCGCCUACGACGAGAAUUUUGGCUGGAACACCUUCAAUGGCACGCUCGUCACCGCGGGCGGCUCGGGGGGAAACACGCCGCCUUCGGCUUCGGCCUCUCCUACACCACCUUCGCCUACACCAACCUCUCCAUCACCCCCACUUCCCUCUCCCCAAACUGGCCCGAAUACCCCUCCCCCCACAACAACAACACCCCCCUCCCCCAAGGCGGCCACCCCGCCCUCUGGGAAGUCCUCGCCCUCGCCCGCUGCACCAUCUCCAACACGGGCGCCGUCGACGGCGCCGAGGUCGCCCAGCUGUUCAUCUCAACCUGCUCUUCCAAUGCUCGAGGAAGGCGGACCACCAGGUCCAACAGCCAGCGGGCCAUCCUCGUCGACUGCCAUGGCUUCGUCAAUAAACGACCCCCUUAGUUCCGAUCUUGAACGACAGGACAACUUCCUACCUUCGCCACCAUGUGACGAGUUCGGUGUUGCGAUCAUUUGCGCUCUACCCGUCGAGGCCAAGGCCGUUUGCGCGCUGUUCGAGGAACAAUGGAACGACGAGGGCUUAGACAGGGCAGCCACAGACACGAACUCGUACACGGUCGGUUCCAUCGGCCCCCAUCCUGUCGUCCUGGCGCACAUGCCCACAAUGGGCAAGGUGGCCGCCGCGACCGUCGCAGGAAACCUCCGCGCCAGCUUCCGCUAUCUUAAGCUUGUUCUCGUCGUGGGCAUUUGCGGUGGCGCCCCCGGGGCCUCCAAGAAUCCGUCCGAUGCUGUGUUUCUCGGCGAUGUGGUCCCUCUUGAAUGGCCUCAUUUUGGUGAAUCCCACGCCUCGUUGGCGGCCCCAAGCGUUGAGGGCAUUCAGCAGAGCUUCCAGGGUAUCGUAGGGCUGAUCGGGCAGGUUGGGAACCCCGUGAGAGAUGUCGUUAGUCGUCUGCAGGCGGCUGCCGAAAAGAGCUGUGAAACGCUCGGAUGCAGCCAGGAGAUGCCCAGCCUGGCACCCCGCUCGCCGCCGGAAGGCAGGCUGCAACCAACGGUGCACUUUGGCCUCGUCGCCUCUGGAGACACUGUCAUGCGUUCCGGAAGAGACCGGGACGAAAUUGCUCGCCGGGAUGGCGUCAUUGCCUUUGAGAUGGAAGGCGCCGGAUGCUGGGAAAUACUACGCGAAUCUUCUUGCUUGAUUAUCAAGAGCGUUUGUGACUACGCUGAUAGCCACAAGAACAAGUUGUUCCAGGAUUAUGCCGCCGCAGUGGCAGCUGCCACAGCCAAAGCCCUACUCGAGAGUUGGGAUGCCCACAUACCGGACUCCCUUCAGCCUCUGCCCUCCUGGCAAGCCUUUCGGAAGAACAAGCGGUCAGGUUUCAGUGUUGAAGAAGCCAAGUUGCUGGGAAGCCUCAAAAUGGUGCCAUACCUAGAUCGGAAGGAUCGAAACCCACAUCGAGUAUCCGGGACUUGCGAGUGGUUUGUAAAUCACAGCCUUUUCAACAACUGGCUGACGGGCUCUCAAGGCAGCCAAGACUGCCAGGCACUCUGGGUAUCCGCGGACCCAGGAUGCGGCAAGUCGGUGCUGGCCAAGUAUCUGGUUGAUCAUAUUAUCCCCACGACUCAAUCUAGAACGACGUGCUACCUUUUCUUCAAGGUCGACUUUGAGGACCAGAAGAGCGUGGCCAACGCCAUGUGCUGCCUCCUCCACCAGCUCUCUACUCAAAACCCUGUUCUCUUCGACAAGACGGUCCGCACCCAACUGGAGGCGGAGGGCGCAAAUCUCGCCGCUUCAUUCCAAAGCCUUUGGAACAUUCUGCUCCAAGUAGCAGGAAACAAAAACGCCGGAGAGAUUAUCUGCAUACUUGACGCCCUCGAUGAAUGCGCAGCAAACGACCGCCAGGUACUCGCUAAGGCGUUGCUUGACCAACAUCGCACAAAGAGGGCGCCAAAUUUGAAAUUUCUUUUGACAAGCAGACCCUUUGGGUCUAUCAGGCGUGACUUUCAGCCGUCCGACAACACAGAGCUCGCUGUUGUCCAUCUAAGUGGGGAGAACGAAGCGGAAACGAAGCAAAUAUGCAAAGAAAUCGACAUUUUUAUUGAAGCCAGAGUUCGCGAGGUGGGGGCGAAGUUGAAGCUUGACAAGGGUGAACAAGACCUUUUGCUCCGCGGUUUGCUGAGGAUGCCACACCGGACCUAUUUGUGGGUGUAUCUCACACUCGAUCACGUCGAGAACAGCGACAGCAUCAACAAGCGCAAGAUUAGAGAGGUGCUUUCACGACUCCCCAGGUCAGUCGACGAAGCAUACGAAAAGAUCCUCUCCACGAGUUGUGAUCUAGAGGAGCUUAGAAAAACUCUGCAUAUCAUUGUGGCAGCAGUGAGGCAUUUGACGCUCCGCGAGAUGAGCUUUGCGUUAGCGAUACGCUCCUCCCACCGGUGUUACCGAGAGGGUGAGCUGGAUCCGGAUGAGCGGUUCCGAGAGCGGUUGAGAAACAUCUGUGGUCUGUUUGUGGUUGUCGUUGACUCGAAGAUAUAUCUGCUUCACCAAACCGCUCGAGAAUUCCUGGUCAUGGCCGACUCGCAACAGGAAUCUCACAAAGCCCCCGGGCCAAGCAAUACAAAGUCCAAAUGGAAACAUUUUCUGGAACCAACCGAAUCGCACCAGGUACUUGCAGAGAUUUGCCUCUGGCACCUGCGGUUCUCCGAACUAUCCGAGGGCACCCCCGAACCACUCAAAAAAGAGAACAAUAAUUCUUUCCCCCACUUCCGCCCCAUUCAACUGCGCCUUUGCGUACGGAAAUAUGAGUUUCUUGAAUACUCGGCCUACUUUUGGCUCGUCCAUUUGAGAGCGCUGCAAACGAGAGUUGACGAGAAAAUGGUACAGGCAAUGCUGGAGAUCUGCAAUGCCUGCCACCAAUAUCGCCAGUGGUGGUUCAGAGCCAUGGCGAGUGACAGACCAGGUAAAAUGCACGAAUUCUCCCCAUACAUCACUAAUGACCUGACCACGACUCCUCUGAUGAUUGCUUCAUAUUUUGGCCUCUUCCCAGCUGUCAAGGAGUUCGUAAGAGCAGGGUGUGACCAGUUGCUCGCCCGAGGCGCUAGGGGUAGGACGGCUCUGGUCUGGGCUGCGGCGUGCGGCCACGCCGAUGUAGCCCGCGCCUUGAUCGACGAGCAACCAAGGAUGCUCAGGAGUUUUCAGCGGUUAGGGAUUUGGAAACCCUUCAUCAACGCAACGGAUGAUAAGCGAAUGAUGCCACUGUUUUGGGCUGUCAAAUCUGAGUCGGCGGAUAUCGUGAGGCUGCUCCUUGACAACGGCGCCGACGUAAAUGCGAGGCGAUAUUGGGGCAAGACGGUGUUAUCAUCGGCCUGCGAAGAGGGGGGACUAGAUGUUAUCCAACUGUUGCUCGAGAGGGGUGCUAAUGUAAACAAGCGUACCUUCGACCCCGAGAUGCUGUCACUGGAGGAGCCUAGUGAAAGAUUCGGACACACCAUGAGCAUUCUAAUUCACCUCGGAGUCAUCAUUUGCAGGUGGCGAUGGGGUUGGGAAGGUAGACCGCCGUUGUUGGCCACCUUAGAGUCUGGGUCCGAAGACAUCGCCAAAGUCUUGCUGGAAAACAAGGCCGACAUUGGGCUGAAAUGCAGAGGGGGCCACACACCUUUGACAUUGGCCUGUAAGGCGGGCAUGAUGGAUACGACCAAGUUGUUGCUGAAAAGGGGAGUCGAUAUCAACCAGAAAGGCCCGAUGGGGGUUCCCGCUCUCUGCUAUGCUUGUCAGAACGGGCAUGAGCCCCUUGUCAGGUUUUUGGUCGAACAAGGCGCCAAUAUCGUAUCGAUGGACGGGGCAAGGGACUCAGAGGGUGCAUCGAUCCUUGUGGCCAUUGCCGCGUAUGGUAACGAUGGCGGUGUCAAGUGGCUGCUCAAAAACGGCGCCGACAUCGAGUCGCAAAAUGGACAUGGGGAGACGCCGUUGAUGCUGGCUCCAUCAUGGAGCUGGGAGCGGACGGGCAAGGAGAAGACGAGCAAGGAGCGGACGGUUUGGGCACUGUUACAGGCUGGCGCCAAUAUCCACGUUACCGCCCGAAAUGGGAUGUCGGUCCUGCAACUAGUCAUUUCGCGUUUUGCAUCGGUUGCCAUUGCUAAAUGGUUGCUCGAGCGUGGGGCAGAUAUUGAGCACAGAGAUAAACAGGGGAGGACGGCUCUUUCUUACGCUCUCAUCCACAUAUACAAUCGGGAUCAGCAGGGUGAAAUGGUCACUGUGCUGCUUGCGAGGGGCGCCAAAAUACACUGGAAAGACAACAAGGGACAGACAGCUCUGGCUUUGGCCGCCAAAUACGGGCGGAUGGGCAUUGUCAGGUUGCUGGUCGAGCAUGGUGCGGAUAUCAUGGACAUUGAAGAUGUGGAUACUAGGGAGAAGGUUUCGUUGGCAUGCCGUGAGGCGAACAACCCGCCAACCUAG